AUGGUAGACUUGCAUCCUAUUGUCAUUCUACCAUUCGAGCACAAAUUCAAAUCUGUCACCUACACAUGUAGCGGAGAAGGACUACAUAAAGAUGGCUACCCUUACGAUCCCCACGCUGAAAAACUGCUACCCUCAAAGAGCCCCAAGCCAGGUAAUACUAAAGGUAUUGAAACAAAGCCAGCAGGAUGGUGGAGAGCUCAAUGCGCUUUUAGAGGACUAAACCAGUCUGGAUCAAUCGCCGAUUUGCAGUUGAGGUUGAGGGAAGCAAAAGCGAAAAUGAUCCCGGAACUUAAGACUGCAGAAUCCCAAUUGAACAAAGACUUUAAGAAACAAAAUAAAAUUGCGAGAGAUGGUGGAUGGAAAAAAUUAAAAACGGCCGAGGAGAAGGCUGAAGCAAAUCCAGAGAAAUACCUCAGUGAAGAAUUUCCGAAAACUGCCACAGGCCGCCCAGCAAAUCUGGAUAUUGUCAUUCUCAAAACUGAACAUCGAGCCGCCUUAGCUGCAGCUGCUGAUAAGAUGGGAUUGGAGUCUGUAUCGGUGGAUGCCCCUUGGGUCGGCAACAUACGGCCUUCUCCAGAUCGUUGGAUCGUCAUAGGAAGAAGCAGAGAUGCUGUCUGGAAUCAAAUGCGUGAGAUUGAGCGGCCAGCAGCUCGGCCUAAGGAAGACAUGCCAAAAGUUAGAGAGAAACAAACAUCCAAGGAGCCCCUUGGAGGUCCAACAAAGCAGACAGCCAGAAAAUCUGCGCAAAGUACAGGGACGCAUGAUAAUUUGUUUGGCGAAACGGCAACUCAUGCCGCACGCCCAAUCCUACCAUUGCCGCGAAAGAGACAGAAAGCUAGGAAAAAUGCGCCAAGCACAGCCAUUCAUGAUGAUUUAUUUGGCGACAGUGAUUCUCAUUUUACACGCCCAGGACCAGUUACCCCACGACCAGGACUAUUUACAGCUAGAAAGACUGCACCAAGUACUAGCACUCACCCAAACCUUUUUUCAGAUGGUGAUGAAGAUGGAGACGAUGUCAAACUGCCAGCUACAAAAAGAGCACGGACGUCGGCCAGCGGUUCCCGAACUAUUUCAGAUGCUACCAAAUCAGAAGGGACAUGGGAUGUUCGAGGUUCCUAUGUAAUCGAAUGCCCAAAUAUUGAGGACGAGUGGGGAGAAAAAGACUCGGAGCUUACUCUUGAUAUUUAUGUCGAGAACAAGAACGGUAGACAACAAAUGUUUGCAAUGUUUCACUUUAUAGUUGUAGAGGGAAUCAUGCGAUUUGAAAGGCCCAUCCCUAUACCACGUUCGCAGCGUGGUAAGAGGAAACGAGAAGAUGCUUACAUGGAUGAAGAUGGAGACAUUUUGAUGAGCGAUAUCCCUCAAUAUGAUGCCAAUGGUAAUGAUCCGAAUAGCUGCAGAGAAAGCGCAUUUUUUCUAGGAGCUAACGAUAAGCCUUCGGCUCGGCAACCCACUUGGCAGUACCGGUGGCGUGGGGAGGAGACUGGUGAAGGAGAGAUUCAGCUUGGCUCUGAUAAAAGAUUGGAAAGCAUCACUUUUAACGAUAAGGAAAAGUCGCUUUCUGGCACGUUCACGUGUGAUUUUGCGGGAAAAUGUACUUUCACAGGGUUUAAGGAAGUGUACCAUCCACACGAAUCACGCAUCGACCCCGAGGUUGAAUGGGCAGAUCGCAGUGAGGCUGCUUAUGAAGAUGCCCGUCGAGCCAGCAACGCUUUGGCACAAUAUUACAAAAAGGGGAUCCCGCAUACUUGUCGCAACAUCGCACAAGCACUUUUAACAUCCCACCAUUGA